GCGAACAACGACAGCGUAAGUUAACAUCAUAUAGAUCGAAGCCACGGCAGCGCCCCAUUUGUGACUUGUCGGAAAGCAAAGGGGCAGACGUAAUCGAGUUCACUAGAAACAGCGGGAACGUGACGUGGUAGGUGCGACUUGGAGGAUGCUCCGCUUCGUUCAGCGCACCGCCUCCGUCGGUAUUGCCAUCACGCUGGCCCAGUCCGUUCGUCAUCCCUCCGCAGCGUGGACUUCCGCGCCCACCACCACUGCGGCCGGAUGGGCCUGCGUCACAGCUCCUCUCCGCAAGGACAUCCGCAAAGGCGAUAGAGGGGACGCGCGGCGGCUCACCUUCGAAGAGCGGGCGGAGCGCCGCAUGGGCAAGACGCGGGAGCAGAAGGAGUCGCGUGAGCAGCUUCUGCAGGAGGCUCAAACGAUGGUCUCCGACGACUUUCCAGAGGAACUGGAGUCCAUCUACACCAGAACGUUCGAGAAGGCGAACAUCAGCGCCAUGAAGGUGCUGAACAUGGCCAAGUGCAUGGAGCUGCUGGAGGUGGAGAUGGCGGGUGGGCACAACGUGCUGUUGACGAAGGUGGCGCAGGUGGUAAAGACGAGUAACACAACGAUUGAGAUUACCCCCAACUCCACCUCCUUCGCGGCUGCCAUUCUGCAGCGCGUGAGCCGCUUCGACAGCGGUCUGCAGGUGUCGAAGGAGGGCACCAAGAUUAAGGUGGUCAUGGUCCCCAUCACCACCGCGCGGCGUGACAAGACGGCGGCCGAAAUCAGUAGUUUGGUGGUGGGAUUUCGCCAGCGUGUUAAAGAGUCUCGCACAAAUGCCGUGAAAGUGCUGCGAGACGCGGGCCUCGAGGAAGGCGCGCAACAGGAGCUGGCCGCCUUGGUGGAUGCUACGGCGAAUUCCUUCGUGGAGGAGAAGGCGGCGGAGUUGGAGCUGCUCGCGGAAGAGGUGAUGUCGAUGGGCAUUGAUGAGUCGGACGUGAGCAGUGAGGCAAGAUAAGUGUGGCUGCUUGUACGAUUGCACUUGUUUGUUUGUUUAUGCUACCGAUAGAUUUUUUCCCUUAGUCGCUCUCCUGAACACGCUUAGUAGUCCGUUGCUUUC